AUGGAGAAUGAGAGAAAGAUGAUGAUGUUCUGUCUGCUUUUGGCAGCUAUUAGCAGCCCUGUGUUCACUGGAGAGUGGAAGGCCUCUGUUGCCAAAAACCUUGAUGCCCUGGUUACAUCCUGCGUCGUGAUACCCUGUUCAUAUACCCAUGCUAAAGAUGAGCUGCCCCACUCCAGACUCAGGGGGAUCUGGCAUCUUUCAACAGGCCUAGAUCAACGCAUCUAUCAUGAUGAUCAGACGAUGAUCUUGGAAAACUACCGCGGCCGCACAAAGUUGUUGGGAAAUUUGGGCCAGGGCAACUGCAGCUUGGAAAUGAUUGCAAUUAGAGAUGUUGACAAUGGCCCUUUCUGUUUUCGGGUUGAAUUAGUAGAAACAGGGACUGAAACAUCCGGAACUGAAAAGUUCUCCUUUGUUGACAAUUGUGUCAACUUUAAAAUGAUCACUGAACCUCCAAAACCAACUCUGAUUCCACCAAAGACAGCCAUUCAAGGUCAUCCCUACAUGGUCACCUGUUCAGUCAUCCAUACCUGCCCCUCUCAUGUACCUAAACUGACAUGGAGUAGAGGCACAGCAGAGGAGAUCCUUGAGGUUCACAGAGAAAUUCAUCAAGGUACCUGGGAGGCUCAGUCCACUCUGAUGUUCAUCGCUGAGGAGAAGGAUGACCACACAGACAUCACCUGCAAUGCCCGAUUUUCUGGAGGGAGGACAUCCACUGAAACACUUACACUUUAUGUAAAACGUACAGAAAACUAUAACCACAUCAUCAUUCCUGCUGUAGUGGGGAUUGGUACUGCUGUCAUCUUUGCAGGCCUCUGUAUUUUCAUGCUGAAAAAAUACAAGAAUCGCAUUGCAGAGCUCCAAAGUCAGGAAGGAACCGUGUGGAACCGGCUUUCCAGACUGUCUCGGAGGAGGCAAGUGUCAACAUGACAAGUGAAAAACAGAAUUUCACUGCUAUAGAUAAUCAAAGCAAAAGCAGUCGCCAAACUUCUGAAAUGCUCAAAUUCUACCUGUGUCCAACACUUUGUUUGUUGUGCUACUGACAUUAAACCAAAAAUGAUUUUUUUUGAUAGACUUGAUUAUGCAUUACUCAUAUAUUAGCUUCAUAGAAAUGCCUUUACCUUAAUAGCAGCU